UGAUCCUCUGCGUCUCGUUCUCUGACAUCUGGAGAGCCCUGCCUGCGUUUGAAGCUGGAAAUACUUUUGCUUUAGUUGCAUCCGUUUAGAGACAAAGAGAAAAGACUGCUCCACCUCAGUUCUGACCCCAACAUCGGCUGAAAUCCCAAAAUGACCUGGAUGAAUAACAGCUGUUUGGUCACUCUGGCCGUUCUGCUUCUCUGGCGAGUGGAGGAGAUUGCAGAAGCGUGCAGCUGCUCCCCUGCACAUCCUCAGCAGGCUGUCUGCAACUCGGAUGUCGUUAUCAGAGCAAAAUUGGUAGGACGGCAGGAGGUCGAUGCUGGCAAUGACAUCUACGGAAACACCAUCAAACGGAUCAAGUAUGACGUUAAACAGAUUAAGAUGUUUAAAGGUCCCAGUCAUGACAUUGAUGCUGUCUACACUGCUCCCUCAUCUUCAUUGUGUGGAGUGUCUAUGGACACAACUGGGAAGAAGGAAUAUCUAAUCACAGGGAAACUGGAGACUGAUGGGACGAUGCAUGUCACCCUGUGUGACUUCAUUGAUCAGUGGGACGCCAUGACUGCCACCCAAAAGAAGAACUUGAUUCAGCGCUAUGAGUCGAGCUGUGACUGCAAGAUCACCCACUGCACUUCCAUUCCCUGCGUGCUUAGCAGCCCAACAGAAUGCCUUUGGACUGACUGGGUGAUUGAGAAGACGGUCAAGGGAGAGCAAGCCAAACACUACGCUUGCAUCAAAAGGAACGAUGACUCCUGUGCCUGGUACAGAGGCAGCACACCGCCCAGAAAAGAAUUCCUGGACAUUGAAGAUCCUUAACUUUAAUAAUGCCAAAAUCUGAAGAUGUAUGCAGUUCAGUUAAAACUUUUCCAACAAAUACAAAAAAAGAUCGGUACUGUUUUGUGUUUGUUUUUCUAUUUUCAGAAAGUUCUAGGAGAGAUGCUUUAAUGCAAAGAGAAUGUGUUUGAUUGCAUUUCUUAUAUUUCUAAUUAUCUAUGUAUUCAGCACUUACCACCAUUUUGUACCAAAGGAAGCACUUACCCAGCUGUUAUAAAUUAUUAUUGAAGCAUUGUUUUCUGAAAGGUGAUUGUAAGAUACAAGCUAAUAUUUGCUUAGAUUUUGUAGUAAACAAAUACUUCCAUUAAAAGUCUAUUCAAUUUGGUAAUCGUUAAUAAAGGAAAAUGUACUUUGAUAGGAAAUGUCAAC